AUGGAAUCUAUCCUCAAGUGAUAUACAGAAGACUGAGAUAAUGAAGCUCAGUACUUGCACAAGAAAAUAAAGAUCAGAAUCUGAGAAGAACAUUACAAGCAAGAUCAGCAAGAAAACUGGGAGAGAAUUGUAAACAUUCAAGAGAUCAAGCAAGCAAUUGAAGUUCUCCAAACUUGUAUCAAGAAUUUCUCUGUUUCUACUGGAUCAGAAGAGUAUAAUUCUAUUUCUUUGGUAAAGCAACUUUUAGACCAGACAAUACAAAUGCAGAAAGACAUUAGCAAAUCAAAAGAAAAUAAUGAUGUCCACAAAUUUCAAGAAAUUGAAAACGAAAUAGCCACUCUAGCUACCCAACUUCGGAGUAAUGAAGACUUCAAACAAUUCUGUGUCCAGAACUACAUGGCUUUGAUGUGAGAUUAUUUGAAGAUCAGCAAGAACAAAAUAGACAGAUUCAUAAGCACAAAGAUAGAUGUGGCCUCACUUCAAGAGCAAUUGGAGCAGAAAGAAACAGAGUUUACAACUCUCAAGAAAAGGUUUGAAGAGUGAAGGAAGAGAAUCAUAAAUACAGUUGGGACUGUAACUCAGAACGACUUUGAGCAAUGAUACAAGAUGAUUACUGGCAAAAAAAUUGAAAUAGAUAUAUACCAAAAUCGUGUUUUAAGUUGAGGAUCUCAAUGAGAUGUUGAGUUUAUGGAAUCAAUGGGAGACCAUAUUAUUCCAAAUUACAGCGGACUUUGAGUCGAUAAGAUAAACUGACAAAUACCCCUUGUCAAGAAGUUUAUAAUCUCAUCUUUUCCUGAAGAAGUUGAUCGAUUUCAUUUGAAUUUUCAAGGAAAGCUUAUUGAUUGAGAACAAAUUUCUGAUUUGAUUAUUCACACAAGCUUUACUGGAAUAAGCGAACUAUAUUUAUAUUCCUUGAAAAUAAAUCAACCUCAAUUGCAAAUGCUUUUACAUGUGAUCUGCAAAAAUCAAAAGCUCCUGUGUUUGUGAUAUUGUAAGCUUUCACUAGACACCGUUCCUGCUUUACAACAUUGACUGAGUGGAUCGAAAUUGCAAAAAUUAAAUUUAUCCUACUGUGGUGCUCCUGAAUAUGAUGACUGGGGAAACCAUCCUGAAAGAUUCUUCAAUCUGAUCGAAGCUCUUUCUCAAUGUACAGAUUUCAAGAAUGAUUUCAAAAGAAUUAAAUUAAACAAAUGAGGAAUGACAAAGCAAAAUGUUAGAAAAACACUUGACAAAUUCGGAUUCCAAUCUAUAGAUAUUUUAUCCCACUCAGUAUAGACCUCUUAACCAUAAUUCAUGACUAAACUUUCAAUAUCCC